AUGGAUGCUAAUCAGUCACCCCUGAGCACCUCCGACACUACCUCCUGCUUCACGCCGUAUCCCGCAGACUCCCGGAAACGGAAGCGGUCUCUAGCUGGCUCCCAGCCCCCUCGUGAAUAUGGAUUGAUGCGAGACUCUGGCGAGCAUGGCGUUGCUCGUUUCGUAGGCAGCGGCAGCGGCAUUCACUAUAUACGCGCGGUGUAUCUGCGGCUUGCCCGCAAGUCGGCUUCCAGGACUACCCAAACCAACACGGCUGCCGUGAACACCUUGGUCCCAGGAGAAGACGAUCAGCUCAGGCAAUCUCCUUCAGACAACUUCGAUACUAGGAAGCCGAUCUGGAAGCCCAACGAGGUUUCAUCUAUCCCAUUGGCCGACUCCCAUUCACCUAGCUUCGAAUCCUUGAUUGACUGGUCCAAGAGCUUUUUCGAAUCCUGGCACCCCGUCUUGCCAUUCCUCCAUGGCCCAGAUGUCCUCCACAUAUUCGAAGAGGCCUCUUCCAAAGGGGUGGCGUCUCUAUCUGUAUUGGACUAUAACAUCCUGAGAUCGGUACUGUCUAUUUCGCUAGCAGACAGCCGCCAAGGAACGCCCUUAUCAACACCCAUCCCCUCCCAUCUCGUCUUCCAAAGUGUCGAAGAAGCUGUGACCAGCUCUCAAUUCGCUCUCAGCCAACCAGCAUCAAUCCGAGCAACACAGGCAGCCCUCUCCAUCCAGCUCUUUCUUACAUCCAUGCUAUACCUCAACGCCGCUUCCCGACUAGGCGGCUUGAUUGUUCGAAUGGCGUUCCACCUCGGGCUCCAUCGAUGCCCGGCACGCUUUGGCUUCUUCGGUCCAGAGGACGCGUCCAUCAGGCGCCGGGUAUUGUGGUGCAUCUACAUACUGGAAAGGUUUCUCUGUCAGUCUCUGGGACUCCCAUUAGACAUCCGAGACGACGACCUCGACGUCUGCUACCCAGGAGAGGAGCGCCACGGCGCCCCAGGAGCAAACAAUGAUGGAGUUGAAAGGCUCCAGCUUCUUACGCUUCUAGCAAAACACGCUCGAAUACGCGGUUUGAUAUUGGAACUGCGGAACAAGUCUGUUCAGCAGCGACAAGACACUGCGGACAAAACAGCCGUUGUUCAAAUUGAGUUGGCUAGAUGGGCCAACGAGAUCCAAGACGUCGAGGAGGAGGAAGAAGAGGAACUUGAUGCCGUGGAGGAAUCCGAUAAGCCGGGCCAUCGCCCCAAAUUAUCCCCCAGCCAUCGCCUCAUGCUCUUGGUUCUGAAGCACGAGUCCACGAUAUGCUUGAACCGCCCCGCGCUGGCCUCUGAGCCCUCUCUGCCCUCAUACUCCUCUGCUUUCCAGUCUUGCAUUUCCGCGGCAAAGUCCAUCUGUAGUAUUUUCAAUCGCCACAAAAGGAAGUAUAAAUUGGCAAACGGCGAGUCUGGAAAGCGGCUCAGCCUGCCUUUACUUUGGCCUUCAUUCACCUGGUCGAUAUGGAUCAGCGCUUUUGUUCUCCUGCACGCGACCUUUGAGAAUCAGGUUCCACUGAGCAGGGCGAUGAGGUAA